AUGAGCAGAGGUGUCAACGACAGCGAGUUUUGGCGAAGUGGGCAAACUACCUCCUUGAAGCCCGAUCCCUCUUCAACAUCCACAACAACUACAACACCAUCUUCGUCGUCGUCGUCUUCGCUCUACGCCGCGGUGAUGGCAGCUGCAGUGGCCUCCUGGAGUGGUCAGUCGGCGUCCACCGCGACUCCCGCCAGCAGCACUCUUGCCACCGGUGUUCCAACCUCUCGCAACGAUCCCUACAGCAAGAUUAAUGCCAGUUCCUGCUGUGGAGACGUCGGGACCAAGAGAGCGAAGCCUCUUGAUACUGCCAAAACUCCCUACUCGCCCAGGAAAGUUUUUAAACAGUCUCGUUUUUCCCUCCUCCUCCUCCCCCUCCUCCUUCUCCUCCUCCUCGUCCUCCUCCUUCUCCCCUUAGCUCGGUGGUAG